UAACGAUGACAAAAGCAGAAAACCGACAUCGGAGGCGAGCGCAUCUUGGGAAUUAAUUCUUCCUGUAAAGACAAUUUAUAUUUGAAUAUUGCUCGGUUUUAGUGGUUUACAUAUUCCGCGGAGUUUUUUCUACAUUAUUUAUUAAGCAAUAGAACCGGACCUGUAAGGCGACAUUAGGUCUUAGAUAUUGAGUUUCCUUAAAGUGAUUGAACUGGAGAGUUCUCGGUUCUUGUUCGGAUUUUUUCCUCUUGAAAUGAGAAGUUAAAUCAUAACAGUAGUCACGUACUCCGAUGAUAGUAUCCUGUACUUUCGGUAAGCUAGGCUUUACGAUGAUAAUAUUUGCAAAUUCGUGAAGGAAUAGUUGACAGCCAUACAAAAGGAAUCCCGAUUGUUUUCACUCAAGCAGUCACUUUGCUGUCUUCUGAUUGGCUCGUGGCUUCAAUUGUGUUUAAUAUAUUGCUAAUUAACCAUCUCCUUCGCAAUUAGGCUUUCCUUACAACGACCAGGUUGGAAGAAAUUAGAUACCCAUCAGUCGGAAAAACCCAAGAAGGCUUUUGUACUUCCUCUGGCAACUUGAUUAAUCGCUUGUGUCAAGAGCAAGUUUCUUUUGUGGCUCAUCCUACCGUGGCGAGAGUAAAGUAUGAUUGUUUACAUCGAAGAAACUCAUCUUAGCAUUUGAAAACAAUCAGUGGUGCUCAGCCAAAAUCCCUCAACUAUGGCCCAAUUUAGCCCUGUGUUUCAUGAGUGAGUCGGAAAACCGACUGUUGCCGUCAAUGUUCACGGCUUCGUGAACUUACUACGGACUCUUCGAUACUGGACGAGCAGAUAGUUUGAAUCAAGGGAUACUUGCAAGUAGAUUUGAUAAAUCGAAUGGCGAGAAAAGGCCAGACUGGAUGAGGAGGCCGUUGGGCAUAAAUUAGCCUGGGUUGUUUGUCAAAAACCGAGCUGUACACCUGUCUUUGUAAGUUUUGAUGUGAGAUUCUAUUUUACCCCGUGUACUCGUCUGUCAUGGCGGCUGAUGUUGUGGCUUGGCUGCCUUUUGCUCGAGCGGCUGCCAUAGGAUGGGUGCCUUUAGCAACAGCGCCUAUGCCUCCGCCACCGGAGUCGGCAAAACCAGAAGAACGGGUCACCAUCAACGUUAGUGGAAGGCGAUUUGAAACAUGGCGAAAUACGCUGGCAAAGUUCCCAGAAACUCUUCUAGGGAGCGAUGAAAAAGAUUAUUUCUACGAUUCGGAGACGAAUGAGUACUUCUUCGACAGAGAUCCGGAUCUUUUUCGACAUGUCUUAAAUUAUUAUCGAAAUGGUAAGCUGCACUAUCCUCGCGGUGAAUGUGUCUCGUCGUUCGAAGACGAGCUCGCGUUUUUUGGUAUCUCAGAAGAUGUUGUGCAUGACUGUUGUUGGGAAGAUUUUCGGGAGAGAAAGAAAGAAUGUAUGGAGAGAAUAUUCGAACCGGAUAAGAUGGACGAUUCAUCGCAAAAUGGGGAUGAGGUUGUAGAUCAAACUGUUCGCGAACAUCUCUGGACCGCUUUCCAAAAUCCUCAGAGUUCUAAGUUGGCGUCCAUUUCGUAUUACAUCACGGGACUCUUUAUUGCUGUCAGUGUUAUAAGCACAGUGGUGGAAACACUGCCCUGCAAAGGAAAGACUUCUUGUGGCGAGGUUCAUAAGAAUAUAUUUUUCGGCCUGGAGGCAGCUUGUGUCGUUGUGUUUACUGUUGAAUAUCUAGCGAGACUCUACGCAGCGCCAGACCGCAUAAAAUUUGCUCGUGAUCUUCUUAGUAUCAUUGAUGUUGUAGCUAUACUCCCAUUUUACAUAGGUCUUUUUAUGCCCAAUAACUCCAUAAGCGGAGCAUUUGUGACAUUAAGAGUGUUCCGUAUCUUCAGAAUUUUCAAAUUUUCGCGACAUUCAAGAGGACUACGUAUUUUGGGUUAUACACUCAAGAGCUGUGCCUCAGAACUGGGAUUCCUUCUCUUCUCCCUCUCGAUGGCCAUUAUUAUAUUUGCCACCGUUAUGUAUUACGUAGAGAAAGGAGAAAGAGACACAAAGUUCACAAGUAUUCCCGCUUCGUUUUGGUAUACAAUUGUCACAAUGACAACUUUGGGAUACGGAGACAUGGUACCGACGACUGUACCAGGAAAAAUAGUUGGUAGUUUAUGUUCGUUGAGCGGCGUGCUGGUAAUAGCACUGCCUGUGCCAGUCAUAGUGUCCAAUUUCAGUAGAAUUUACUUACAAAAUCAACGAGCUGACAAGCGAAAGGCUCACAAAAAAGCAAGAGUUUCGAUUUCCAAAACAAUGGCAGGGACAGCGUUGGUAUCUCCACCCGAUAAGAAGAAUGUUCCUUUGGGAGCUGGUUUGGARYUAACACARAUACCAGGCAAAGAUAAUGACGCCUCUUAUCUAGAAGAACAACAUAAUCAUCUUUUGCAUUGCUUGGAAAAGGCAACUGCACGUCAGUUUGUCGAGAUGGAGUAUACAUUCAAAGGGGAACCAGUUUCCCGGCGUCCACCCAAACCAAACUCACCGAUUUGUACGCCUUCCGGUUCGCCAUUAGCUUCGUCAUUAUCUCUAGCUGCGGUGUGCGAAGAUGCGUGUUAUAAUAGGAACAGUUACAACGGGAAGUGCCUGAAACGUACGCGAUCUCUUUCCGAACCAAGCCACAAACAUGAAAACUCAGUUGGCGGUGAACACUCUGAAAUGAACGAUGUYCGUACCAAGCCGUUUUUAAAUUCGAAUAAGACUAAUAACAACGACAAAAGGCAACCCAAUAAUGUGACAACCUCCGCAGUUGUUACCAUGCCAGAUUUCGAGACCGUCACUGUGCCGAAUAACAUUCAUGACCCGCCAGGAAGUCGACGAUAUGAGAACUGCAAUGACCGAUCAAAUUCUCACACGGCAAUUUGACGUUCGGUUGUUCUUUGRUGUUGUCUAUACAGCUGUUUUUAAUUCAUCCUAAAACAAGAAACAAUAUUCGAAUUUUACUGCCGAGUUAGGAAUCUAUUUGACUAUUUAUUGGAAUGUAUAAUGAAUGGAGAAACCUUUCGUAGAUAAAGGUUAGACACAAGACGGGUCCGUUGCGCUUCCCCGUGCCAUUCAAAGGGCGUACUAGGAGUAUAUUCGACUCGACGAAAAACGCUCCAAGCUGCUUCACUCCAAGGGAUGCCAUGGAAKUGAUAAUGAAACGAUUAAAAGGAAACAGCAGUGAAARGUUGGAAAUGGAAAAAUGAGAAUGAAAAAAUGGUAACAAAAUGGGAAAUGAAAAUGGCGAUUUGAGCCGUAAGUGUUUAUUCGARCUAUCGACUAUUGAUGGAAUAUCUGGACGAUCGUGUCGCUAGAAAUGAUUCAAAUACAACUGUGAAGUUGACUAAAUACAAGUUGAAACUAUUGAUCAAAAUAUAAAUCCGAGACGACRUGUUUUCGGUUGUAUCGUUCSAAAGAYGUCCAAGAAACCAUCGAAAAGKUUGCUGAUAAAAUUUGUAAAUUUGACAUUCAAGAACAACUUAUUUGUGCGAAAAAUAUUUUCAACAGUAUAACGUGCUAAAGAAGUCUGGGCGCUAAUCCAGCAAGCAAUCACGUGCAGUGCACGUGACUACCUCGAUCUCGUGUAUGCAAUUUGCAUGCUUUUUGAAYUCAAUUAAUGAACAUUAAUAUAUAUUAGUGAUGAUAAUAUAUUAUCGUAGCCGUAUCUAUAUUGAGAUUUGAAUCUCAUCAUGAUGGCAGACAUAUUUUUACUUUUUCAACAUUAAUACAUAUAUAUAUAUAAUACUAAUAUAUAUGAAAAUGUCUCCUUUUUUACAAAGUUCUGAGUAGAAAAGAACUGUCUACGGAAUUAAGAGACAUGUAAUUCACCGUUAUUGGCUGUCCAUGUACGGUGUUUAGGCAUCCUAUGAACUAUGUACUCCGGAACUGACUUUUUAAAGUUCCAGCUUCUGAAGAAUUUGCGCUGUAUGCAACAUAGGAUGUGAGGUGUGUCCGUUGAGAAUUUGGCUCAAACUCGUAUACAAAAAUAUAAACCAGAACUAUCUAAAAUAAAGCGCUUUGCUGGUCUAAAUUAGAAAAUUCAAGGUAUAACAUAUCAUUUUAUUCUUUCAAUAAUUUGACGGCUUAUUUAACUAGUAUGGAGACGACCUGUGUGUGUGURUGAUAUCGAAGAUUUUUAUUUCAAAUUUGCGUGUGUUUUUGUGACGUCGUGUGAAAUAGGGUGCAAGAUUUUUCGCCAUUGUCCAUUGUGGAUAUCGAUGGUUCUUCGAUAGGAGAAAAUAUACUUGCUUGUUAUUGGCUGAUUACAGAAGUACGGAACUCCGACAAAAUGACUGGAAUUCUUAAGGUAUUUGAAACGCAUUUUUUGCCGCAAUCUCUUUUGCAAGAAAUUGCACUUUGAGACAGUUUCAAGAAGGCAAAAUUCAAAGGAAUAUGAGCACUCCAGUUGAUGUUUGGCGGUAUUGUGCGAGGAMAACCAUGGUUUUAUAAAAUUGAAGUAUUGAAAGUCGUGUGAUGAUUUUGUCGCGGAUUUUUAUCAGAGUUUUAUAAAUUUGAAUUCAAGGCGUUUGUUUUCAACGAUUGUACAUCGUAAAACCUUUUAGACUCUCAAAAACUAUCGGUCAAUUCUUUSGCAUUUGASAAUGGCUAUUGUUUUAUUACAACCAAUCACCGUAACUCUUCUAAAAUGUUACGUAAUAAUAAGUAAUUUUUAUUAUAAUUUAAAUUUGUAUAAAAUAUGUAAAUACGCUCUAGCAGCUUAAAAAUUCUACAAAGCUAUCGUAAAUUCCAACAUUUCUUGUCAUUUGGAGAACAUUUUGAAUUCUGCUACUACAUCGUCAAUUUGCAAUGUAAUAUCGAUAUUAUUAAUACUCCUUUCUAACUCCUUCAUGAAACUGAACAGCWAAAAUCCUUGAUGUUGAUGUGUUUUUGGUUAUUUUUGGAAUAAUUUGGUAGGAUUUGCUCAUCUCUUCCAGGAGAUGAACGAUUUUGUGUUUUGAGUUCUGCGUUAGUGUGCCGCUAUAUAUACAGCUUUUUGUAAGAAUGUUGUCACUURAGAAUCCACUAGAAUAGUUUGKGAACACAUAGCUCUAGGCACUAGAGGUUACAAUUGUUUUCCUUCUGAAUACRUUUUUACGGCAUUAAGAGAAAUAAAUACUGAUAAAAUACCCGAAAWAUGGGUUUACAUGGUCUUGGURCCGUUGGUUGGAAAUGCAUUCUAUGUACUUUCCAAACGUAGCWAACAAAAUCGUUCGUCUCUUGAAGAGAAGAGAAGAUCUUUGAAAUUAUUCAUUAGGUUUGAGGUAAAAACAGUUAUUUUGUAUUCAACCAGGUAUUAUUUUACUCAAAAAUGUUAUUUUUAUUCGGUGUURUGCGGUGUUUUUCAAUCGUAUCUAUUUUUGCGUGUCAAUCCUCUUGCAAUGAGCUGUAGCUUUGAGUUUAGCGUCAUAUAUACAGAUAUAUUUUAUUCGUAUCAGAGUUCUGGUUGUCGCAUUCAGUUUAUUGAAAAUACUAUCAACCAUAAUUUGAUGAGAUAUUAUUAGAUAUUAUUAGACGCUAUUAGAAUUAUUAAUAUAUCAUCAGGGCUCUAUCUAAAAACUGUUGCAUGUAUUGAUAUUUGAGAUACCAGGCCGAUCCCAAGUGACUUCACUAUUUAAUGAAAAAUAAAAACAUAAAACUUUG